AAAAGAAAAAAAACGCUCGUCUUCGUCUUCUUCUUCCUCCGCACACAAGACAAAUUUUGUAACGAAGACGGGAUCGCGAUAAGAUCCCGGUGAUCGAAAAGCCCUAAGGAGUAAUCGUAAAGGGAAAGGGACUUAAAGAUGCAUACUUUUGGUUACAGAGCAAAUGCUCUGCUCACUUUCGCAGUCACUGCGCUUGCAUUCAUUUGCGCAAUCGCUUCUUUCUCGGACAAAUUCAGCAACCAAAAUCCCUCUGCUGAGAUCCAGAUACUUAAUAUUAAUCGGUUUAAGAAGCAAUCUCAUGGAAAUGAUGAGGUCAGCUUGACAUUGGAUAUAUCAGCAGACUUGCAGUCACUAUUUACUUGGAACACCAAACAGGUUUUUGUUUUCGUAGCAGCGGAGUAUGAAACCCCGAAGAAUUCCCUGAAUCAGGUUUCUUUAUGGGAUGCGAUUAUCCCUGCCAAGGAACAUGCCAAAUUCCGGAUUCAAGUCUCAAACAAGUAUCGUUUCAUCGAUCAGGGACAGAAUCUUCGGGGAAAAGAAUUCAACUUGACAUUACACUGGCAUGUCAUGCCCAAGACCGGGAAGAUGUUUGCUGACAAGAUAGUCAUGCCUGGUUACAGUUUACCAGAUGCAUACAGAUGAUGAAGAUUGAAUAAAACAUCAAACAUAGUCCAAGACUUUUUGUAUUUCAGUUUUCUGAAAAGUUUUCAGACUUUUCUUUUUAUUCGACAGAAAAACUAAUUCAAAAGUAUUAUUGUUCUCUU